CUGUGCUGCGACGGCCCCCAGGGCGCGGGGGCACGGGCCGCGGAGAGCCGUUCCUACCCCGCCCGGACAGCCGGACCAGAGGGCUGCCUGGGGCCUCUCUGGGCCUCGGUCUCCUUUUCUGGGCGGGGCAUUCGUCGCUUUCCUUUCUGAGCCUCCAUAUGGUCCCUUCCCUGCACGAGACCUUGGAAGUGGCCUCCUUCCACCGUCAAUUCACAGGGGAUUCGACUCAAGCCCAGGGAGGAGCCACCAGCCCAGGUUCACCAGGGUAGCAGGCCUAGAUGUGAUGGGUGACUCCCAGCCCUCCUCUGACCCCUCAGCGACCUCUCACUGAGGGUCGCCUGAGCUCUGUUCCAGGGGACGCCUUCCGCCAGCUGCAGCAGGCAUCCCGCCUGGAUCUGAGGGCUGAGGAAGCAGGAACCGCUGCUGGAAGAAGUGUUUGUGGCAGGAGCACCAGGCAGAGGGUGUGGCCGAGCACGGCUGUGCGGUCUGGAACAAGCCCAGCUGGUGCUGGGGAGAAGGGGACAGUGACACAACAAACAGGAAAAUCCCCAAACCGACUAAGUCCGGUUGCCGGAUGAAAGCCCGUGGUCCCCCAUCAGCAGCCAACCCUGUACAAACCACACGUUAACGUCUUCUUUUAGAGACAGUGGCGGCCAUCAUCGUCCCAUAGUCCUCUAAGGGAAUCUGACUUUUCCCAUCAGACUGUCCCCGGGCCUGAAAUUCCACCAGCAGAAUGUCAUUCUCAGGACUCAAGCAUCUUCCUGGGUUAGGAGGCAGGGAAUGGCUGUCAGUCUUUUCUGUCCUGCGGGGGUGUUAGCACACCCGAGCCUUUGCAGAGGGCAGCGCUGGGCGAGCAGGUCUGGGUGGAGCGCAGAGCAGGAGAAGGGGACAGAGGAACCCAGGGAGACCGUGGAAGACAGCUCUGGUCCUGCGAGGGACUAUUAUCCUAUUGUACAGAGGAGGGAAACUGAGGCAGAGGGCAGUAACUUGAUCAACACUACACUGCCGCACAGUGGAGCAGCCAGCACCCAAGUCCUGCAGUCUGCCAGGCCUCGAGGGCCCGCACGUUCACCCUGGUGCUGCCAUCAGGCGGUGUCCCAUGCUGGCUCGGUGCCCUAGCCUCUGGGUUGAAUUCCAGCUGCUCUGCUGUUUCUAGCUGCGUGACCUUGGGCGGUUUACUUGUCUGUGUCCCCAUUUGUGAAGUGGGGACAGCAGUCCCCGCCUUGUGGGCUUGCCCUUAAAUGAGUUAAUACCUGUGACAUGUUUAGAGCAGCGCCCCAUGUGCAGUCACCAUCUAGUGAAUGUGGGCUCUGAUUCCUGAAGCUGGGACGGGCGCAUGACCUUGAAGUGUCUAGAAUUCUCCGGGAGCCGGACAUGCCAGUUGUGGGGUCCUGGAGCCCUCCAGCAGCGUUCUGACGUCUUUUGGCAGCAGCACUGUACCCUGCUUCCUGUGGCUGGACUGUGUGGGGCCACCUGUCCACACAGCUCGGCCCCACACAGGCAAAUGAGGCGAUGUCAGAGCUUGGCUGGGGCCCAGCCCCGGGACCUCCCCCUUUCCCUCCCCGUCCUCCCUCACUCAGGUUCACACACGCACUCCAUGCCCAGAGGGAAGUGAUCCCGGAGCGCCAUCCCUCCCUGUGUGAGCAGUGCAGGUGUCCACGCCGGUCCACCGAGGCCCCUCCAGCGGUGCACGGGCCGGGCCUGGCCAGGCAGCCAUGGCUGACGAGAAGACCUUCCGCAUCGGCUUCAUCGUGCUGGGGCUCUUCCUGCUGGCCCUCGGCACGUUCCUCAUGAGCCACGACCGGCCCCAGGUCUACGGCACCUUCUACGCCAUGGGCAGCAUCAUGGUGAUAGGGGGCGUCAUCUGGAGCAUGUGCCAGUGCUACCCCAAGAUCGCCUUUGUGCCUGCGGACGCCGACCUGCAAGGCAUCCUGUCCCCAAAGGCGCCGGGCCUGGUGGGGAACGGGCUUGCCGCCGAGCUGAAGAGUGCCCAGCCUCCCUACACCCGGCUGUGGGAGGAAGCCGCCUACGACCAGAGCCUGCCUGACUUCAGCCACAUCCAGAUGAAGAUCAUGGGCUGCAGUGAAGACCCCCGCCCCCUGCUGGCCCCCAAGCAAGGACAGCCACAGCUGGGGGCCAGUGAUGCAGGAGAAGGUGGCCCUCGUGACACUCAGGCCUGGAUGGACGCCGCUGUGGUCAUCCACAGGGGCUCGGAUGAGGAUGGGGGAGAAAGAAGCCCAACUCAGAGCAGGCCCGGCCCCCCGGCCUGUCCGCAGGGCUCUGCACCCUUGGCUUCCUUCCCAGAUGACCUGGACACGGGCUCCAGUGAGGGUGGCAGCCCCCGCCCAUCUCCACCUGAGGGGGAGCAGCCGCCGGCCUGCAGGUGCCGGCUGGACCCCUUCCACGACUUUGCCCUCAUCGACGCCCCCACGUCGGAGGACAGGCCGCCAGAGGGGCAGUGGCGGGAGGCAGCCCUGUCCAGCUCCUGGCAGCGGUCCCCGAGGACAGAGGAGGAGGAGGAAGAGGAGGCUUCGGACACAGGUGCAGAGGAGCCAGAGCGGGAAGAGGAAGAUUUGUACUAUGGGCUGCCCGACGGCCCUGGGGACCCCCUCCCAGAUAAGGAAGUGGGCUUUGAGCCCGACGCCCAGGGCUGAGAUGGAACUGCUCCCUGGUUCUAGCCUGGCACCCUGCUAACCUCAGUGUGACCUCACGGGGCCUCAAUUUCCCUGUCUGUAAAGUGGGGUUACGCGGAGGUUCAGAGGAGAUGAUGGACCCAAGAGCAUUUUGAGAACUGCACAGGGAGGGGCUGAUGACUGUCCAUGGACCGUGCUGUUCCAACUGUUCACGUGCUUUGCUAAAGCUUUGAAGGUAAAAUAACGAUUUGUGGAGAAGA